CCCGACUCUUGGCCAAGAAGGGUUUCGUCGCCAACUCUCGUCCAUGCCACUUCCCUCGACAUUUGAACGUAUUUUCCAAACGUUUGCUGAGACGAUCGGUCUUUUGUGACCAAGGCAAUUAUCUGUUCGAAGAACAAUCGAACAAACUGUGGCUGAAACUGUGGCUGAAAUAGUGUGGAAAGUCGGGUGGGAAGGAUGAGCGGCUUUCCGCAGUACUGUGGCCGUCAGUUAUCGCUUAGAACUAUACCUUGACAUUUCCGAUAACGUAGCCGUCUAACUGCGGUAUCUCGCUGUCGGGAACGGCAAGGGUAACCUGUGCGUUUUGGUCGACAAGACAGUCAAGCCUGCCAUCUGAAAACCCUGUCAUUUUGACCUAGUGCGGCAACCACCGCGACAUCAGGAUGCCGAACCGCAAAGAAGCGCAAGAUCUUAAGCCUUCACCCAAAUCAGGAAGUGGCGAGGCCCCCAAAUCACGGGUCAGGAUAGGGAGAGCCUGUGAUCGCUGCAAGAUCAAGAAGAGCAAGUGCGAUGGCAAUACUCCUUGCUCAGCAUGUAUAGCGAGUGAGAGCAUGUGUGAGUAUAGCGCACGGAGACGAAGGGAGGCAAGAGACUGGUACUGGGGUAUGCAGGAUGUGAUCGACGAGGCGCUCCAGAGACUCUACUGGGCAUGUCGGGAAGGUCGCGGAUUCCCAGGAGUGAUUCCAGACGAGAGUGGCGGUCGAGUAUCGACUGACGCGAUUCUUCGAGGACUAGGACUGAGUCCUCCACCGGUAGACGAUACACGCGUGGCAGCGAGCCGGUCAGAUUCGGUCUUGGACGUGCAGUCUCAUCCUCAUCGUCCACAAUCAUAUCGUCCGCCGGAUUUCCAGCCAUCGGAUUUGUCGCGCAUCAAAACUACCUCUUCUGCCAUGCCACCACUGUCAACCACCGUAGAAGCGGCGGCUGAUGGCGUAGGUCGAAGAGGAAGACCAGCGUCAGGAAUGGAAGUAGAUGGUAAAGAGGGGAUGUCUGACGGGCUUCCUGACGGGCUUCCGGAUGGGCUUCCGGAUGGUCUUGAUCACCUAUUCCAAGGGAGGAUGGACAGUAGGAUUGAUCCCACAAUGCUGCAAGAUGGAGACUCGGGUAUGAUGGACGACUCGCAAUACCCAGAUAUAAGUGUCAUGAGCUUUGGGGCUGGGGGUCGACCUGGUACUCAGGCUCAGGGCCCGCCCAUGCAGCCUGCGGCCAGUCAGCACCACCUCGACGGUCUACCUCGGGAACAGUACAGAUCUGAUGAACUGCCAGGGUGGCAAGGACAGGGUCACGACGUUGACGGCAUGCUUGCUUGGCCAGGUAAUAUGGCCUCCAUAUAUAGGAGGGCCGGACAGGACAAAAACAGGGCAGGGAAUGAUCUUGUUGACGGAGAACGAUGAGGCUUCGAGAGGCAGCCUACCGUAACGGGUUGCUUGGGGCGGUCGACAUCUUCCGCCUGGCACCGUGGCCCGGACAAGAGACUAAACGAAUAAGAGUGAUACUGAGGAGGGGGAUGGGGCCAAGGUUAGCAUUCGGGGGCGAUGUCUGUGAAGUCGCAGAAACAAGUUGCGUCUUUGGAGAAUCAAGAACAGAAAGAGAAUAAGGACAAUACAAAUGGGCUCGAGACAGAUCAAGUAUGGAAGUAGCAAGGUUGACUCGAUGUCAAAGCGCAGCAUUGGUUCAAAUUCCGCAGAGGAGGGCUGGAGGAAGAAGGCUCCGCGCGGCCAAAGACGAGAAACGAAGUCUGUUGAAGAAGUGAUGGAGAAGAGGAAGAAAAGGGGCAGCGGUACGGAGGACCUACCGUGGGCAUCACACAAUGAAAAGGAACUUAGUAGUCCAAGUAGAGUGGAUGGGCAAUAGAUAGUGCUGAGUGGUGAGUGGUUGACCC